AUGAUGCUAGAGGACAUCAUGCAAAUGUAUUGGGAUGAGACAAUGAUACUGGUGCAUCGCUACCUCAAGGGUCACACUAAGCGUGCGCGACGUAGGAUACUGGAACACGCCAGGCGUUACAGCUUGAUCAAUAAGGUGCCCGCUCAGCUAGAACACUUGGACAGACUCAUUCAUCUAACAGAUACACAUUGCUUAGAUAGCCUCCGAAAGGACCGCAACACGUUCGGAAAGCUUUGCCGCAUCCUCCAUGGUCGGGGUGGGUUACAGAUUGGUAAGUGUCUAGGGAUCGAAGAGCAAGUUGCGAUUUUUCUUUGUGUUCUAGCACAUCACACCAAAAACCGUAUAGUCCGUUUUAGUUUUACGCGUUCUGGGUCCACGGUGUCGUACUAUGUUAACAAAGUUUUAGGUGCCGUGAUUAGCCUUCAUGACAUAUUAUUAUCUGCGCCUAUCCCCGUUCCCGAUGAUUCCAUUGACCAUAGAUGGAAAUGGUUCAAGGGUUGUCUAGGUGCCCUUGACGGCACACACAUCAGCGUAUUGGUGAGCAACUCUGACAAACCCCGUUAUCGCACGCGUAAAGGGACUAUUGCUACCAACGUGUUAGCCGCGUGCGACCGAGACAUGCAGUUCGUGUACAUCUUACCUGGGUGGGAGGGUUCGGCGGGUGAUUCUCGUGUGCUAAGGGAUGCCGUGUCUAGAAACAACGGCUUCAGGGUUCCCCAAGGUAAAUAG